AAUCUGCCAAUUGUAAUGGUUAUAAAAUAUGUGGGGUUUUUGUUCUUUGUUUGUUUCUUUGUUUUCCCAUUUGUUUUGUUUUUGAAACUGGGUAUCAAUGUGUAGCUCUGGCUGGCCUGGAACUAGCUACGUAGAUCAAGAUGGUGUUGAACUCAUAGCCAUCUGCCAGUCUGCCUUCCAAAUGCUUUGAUCAAAGGUGUGCUCCACUGCUCCUGGCAAAUAUUCAAUUGUAUGUAGAAGUUCCCUCUUCCUUUUUGUUUUGUUUUUCAAGACAGGGUUUCUCUUUGUAGCCCUGGCUGUCCUGGAAUUCACUGUGAAGACUAGGCUGCCUCGAACUCAGAGAUCUGCCUGCCUCUGUCUCCCAAUUGUUGGGACUAAAGGCCUGUGUCACCACACCAGCCUGAAGGUCUCAUCUUUAACCUCAAGUGAGAAAACCGAUUGGAGUAUUGGGGGGUGUGUGUGUGUGCCGGGAUUGCUGUUACAUUCAGUGGUCCCUAAAGUUCUAUACCUCAUAUGGCAAUCUCCUGCCUCACACGUUGGUGAAUUGUACGACUAGAUUGACGACCCUCGAGUCUCCACAGAGCAGCAUUUAACUCUUCUUAAUGCUGGUGGACACCAGACUAGAAAUGACCUUUUACCGAAAGCCCAUCCAGCCGGGGAACCCCAAGCCUGGUUUCUUAAGCAGGGAAAAGGUUUUCUGUAUCUCUGUGGGAAAGGGAAUUGGGGUUGCUCCAGGGAUUGCUGAGAACCAGAUGUGGGAGCAGGCCAGCCAGUGUCUCUAGACCUCUGUGCGAAGGACUUUUCUGCGCCUGCGCAGAACUUGCCCCUUGGUGUUCACCAUAAAGAAACCGUUUGCUUCUCCAUUUAGUAGUGUUGUUAUAGUUGCCCUAAUUCCUGCCCCAGGGAAAGGUUCUGAGUGUCGGUGGAGUUCAGAGACCUGGAGCUAAGAACACAUGGCAACAGUAACCUGGAGUGAACCCUGGCGAGCCACCUGCCUCCUCUUGGCCUUCCUUUCUCUGCUAGAUAAAGAGAUGUGGUUCCAUGAUCUCCCUGAAUGCUCACCUAAUAUCCGGGAACUUGAGGGAAGAACAAGUUCGAUGCCACAUUCUCUGAGGUUGGAGUUUGCUAGAUACCUGCUGAAGGGUCACAGGGAGAGGUGGUCAAGAGGUUUACUUCAUAAUUUGCUUCUUGCCUUAAUCCUGCCCUGUCCUGACAAUUCUGAGAGAAACCUAGAGGCCCUUUGUAGGCUGUCAACCUUUCUGCCAUUUUAUCUCUUCCCUCCCUCUCACUAACAGCCCCACAAGCUUUGGGGGACAGUGGUUAGCUCAGUGUAUAGAUAGACGUAGGGAGGACCCCCAAACCUUUGAAAAAGAUUGUAUAAGGCAAGGAUCCUACAAGGACAUGAGGCACGACACAUAAAACUUGUUUACAUCCAAUUCACACUCCAUUUGGGCCUCAGCUUGAUUUUCAAAGGCUAGAGUGGGUUUGUGGGUGAAGAAAAAGAAAAGGAAAGAGAAUUGUAGAGCACACUCAGGAGGACCUAAUUCCUUUCCCCAGCUCACAUUCCUCCGCCCCAGUCCCGCUGCCUGCCGCAGCCUUCACUGCCAAGGGGGGCCCUAGACUCCCGCUCCAACUAUUCCAACCAUCCUGAACAGGGUGGGGCGCCCGGCUCUUGGGUCCCUCUCCGCUGCCCCUCCGGGGUUGGUCUCCCCUCCAGCCCCGGUUCCUCCCUUUCUGGGGUGGGUCCAGCCAAUGGCCGACGUGACUCCAGGUUUGGUCUGGGAGCCGGGCAACUCGCGGAUUCCCCGCCCCACAGUUCUGGCUAGAGUCCCGGUGCGCACGGACGUGGCUCGAGUUUCCUCCGCUCUAGGCUCCUGCUCGCUUUCCCCUCUCUCGCUCCUCCUUCUCUCCGGGUCUCCCGCUCCAGUUCCACCGAGUCGGCCCCGCACGGCUCCGGGAAGCCAUGGAGGAUGUCACGCUCCAUAUCGUCGAGCGGCCGUAUUCCGGAUAUCCCGAUGCUUCCUCCGAGGGCCCGGAGCCCACCCCAGGGGAGGCACGGGCCACCGAGGAGCCGUCGGGGACCGGUUCCGACGAGCUGAUCAAGUCGGACCAGGUAAACGGUGUACUGGUGCUGAGCCUUCUGGAUAAAAUCAUCGGCGCCGUUGACCAGAUCCAGCUGACCCAAGCCCAGCUGGAAGAGCGACAGGCAGAGAUGGAGGGCGCUGUGCAGAGCAUCCAGGGAGAGCUGAGCAAGCUGGGCAAGGCGCACGCCACCACCAGCAACACCGUGAGCAAGUUGCUGGAGAAGGUGCGCAAGGUCAGCGUCAACGUGAAGACGGUGCGAGGCAGCCUGGAGCGCCAGGCUGGCCAGAUAAAGAAACUGGAGGUCAACGAGGCGGAGCUGCUGCGGCGCCGCAACUUCAAAGUCAUGAUCUACCAGCCCAAGAAGAAGCCGAAUGCACCCUCUGGCCCAGCCACACCCAAGAUCGUGCCUCUUGACCUCCUGCCUGAGACUGAGCCCUUUCACCUGAAGCCUGAAACAGUGCCUGACCGCCCAGCCUUUGAGCAGAUGCCCAGCCCACUGCCCUAUUACCCAGAGCCUGGGCUCCGAUCCACCCCAGAGGAGCCAACGGCUGGUGGGAGGAUCUAGGAUCUCCUGGGACACCGGGCCCUCUGGGAACAGGGUGUCCCUCCCAGUUCUUAUGGGCUCAUCAUUUGAUGGAAGACAGUGCCUUCAUGGCUCUGUCCUUUCAAGCUGCUGUCCAUUAUGGGCUGGCAAUGGGUGUUGGAAAAUGCUUCUGUGCCUCAGUGCUCAGAAAAAUGUUGUGUGUGUGGUGAGGGUGGAGGGUAAGGAAGUGGGUUCUCCCUUUCUUGGGUGGUGGUGGGGAUGUUUUGCUCUCCCGGUGCUGUGGAUGGACCCCAGAACUCCCUGCAUGCUAAGCAAAUGCUCGACCACAGAACUGGUUGAUUUCUUUUUAAACUGUAGCUCUCUCAGCACCAGACUUGAGCUGCACCCGAAGGCUGCCUUGCAUAAAACUGCAUGAGACUGGGUGUGUCUUCUGGAUCCCUCUUCCCUGCCCCCUCACUCCCUACCCCUCAGGGACAGGCCAGCUUGGCUCAAAGCCUCUUUGGAGGGGGGCCUUCAUGAGGCCCAGGCCUGGGAGUUGUUCCGUGCCCUCUUCACCCACUCCCUGUAGCUGAGGAAAACAUUUACACUUACUUUUUUUUUUUUCUUUUUCAUUUUCUUUUAGGAAGUGUUUUGCAAAGGGAUCCCUUAUGUUUGCCAGAUCCUACCUUGGGUGGGGCACCCAAAAGCUGCCAGCUCAGAGAGGCCCAAAGGGAGGACAUUUUAGCUGACUCCACGCACAAAGCUUCUCAGUUCUUUUCAUCCAUCCCCCUAGGGAAUCCUUGUGCAUUCCCCCCCCCCCCAUCUACCUCCCUCAUGAAAAUUUAAUACUAUAGAUAUGCGUUAUGAUUGUUUUUGUAUGGGGGUUCUUUGGAGCACCACAAACAGUCCUAAUAACAGAGGCCCUGCCAUCUUCCCGAGAGUCAGUUCUGUUCCUCUUGGGAACAAUGUCGACUGCUGAGGGAGCUGUAGAGAAAGUGCCUCCUUGACUCCAUAGCACAAAGCAGAGAGAGGUCUUGGGCUUUUAGGACUCCCCGCUUCAUUUCUUAUUCACAAUGCAUCUUCCGUGCCACAAUAUCGUCUCUUCUACUAGCUCUUUAAGCAGAUCUUAGGUCUCAGAAUCAACUCCAGUGUCUUUCUCUGCACCAGUGUAAAUAGAACUGAUUAGCACUAGGUCAAGAGAGGCUCCUACCCCCAGCUGGCUAAUACUUGUCCUUCUCUCUAACAAAUAUGAAAUGCCUAGGGCAUAAUGGGUGCUCAGUUUAUACUUUUUUUUUUUUUCUGAGACAGCGUUUCUUUCUCUGUGUAAACAGCCAGUUCCUGGCUGUUCUGGAACUCUCUCUGUAGACCAGGUUGGCCUCGAACUCACAGAGUUCCACCUACCUCUGCCUCCUGAGUGCUGGGAUUAAAGGCAUGCACUACCAUGCCCAGCAGAUUAUAAUCUUUUUUUUUUUCUUUUUUCUAUUUUUCAGAGCUGGGGACUGAACUCAGGGCCUUGCGCUUGCUAGGCAAGCGCUCUACCACUGAGCUAAAUCCCCAGCCCCGCAGAUUAUAAUCUUAUAGUGACUUUGCUAAGCCAGAAGGUCUUCCUUUCUGCAGCAAGGGUGGGAGGUGAAGUGUGAGUGCCUUCCUGGCUUGGGGUGCUAGCUUGGCAGGGGCCGGGGAAGCCAUGCAUGCUUUUGUUCAGACCCGGUCAUUAAAGGUAACUCUGGAAACCAA